AUGUCUGAAACAACAUAAUGGAUUUACAAAGGCAAAGAAAUUUUAAAACCCGUGUUCGAAACUUAACUAGUGGGAAUGUCACGUGCUGUGAUAGGUUUACCAAUGGAUCAUAUUUUUGAUCGCUUUAAGACUCUAAUCUAAGCAUCAUAGAAUAAUAGUUUCAGAUAGGUAUGAAUUCAAUCUAAAAAACAGUUGUUUCUCGAGAGUUACAGAAGGAAUGGAAUCUUUCGUGGCAUAUUUGCUGGGUUCUCUUCAUAAAUUACUAUUUAAAUAUUUAAAUAGUAUUAUAGGUUCAAAUUAUAAACAAUAUCUAGAUGGCCAAUGAUGAUCUUUAUACCAAAAUUUUAUAAGGAAUAACUACCUCAAUCAAUUAUGGACAUAGCUCCAACUUUGCAUAAGGCUUUAACAGGAGUAACAAUUGCAUUGUUUGAAUCAUUUAUAACUUGUCCAUUUGAAAGAGUGAAAUGUUAAUUGAUGACUCAAACUGAGUCAAAAUCUGGUAAAAGUAUAUUUGAUAAAUUAGUUCUCAAGUAUAUGUGGUAGCAUGAUGGAGGUUUUAAAGGAUUUACAAGAGAUCUAUUCACAGGAAUGGAAAUUAUGAUGUUAAAAUAAGUAGUUUCUUGGACAAAUUAUUUAUAUUGGGAUCAUAAAGUCAGAUAUUAUUUUAAAUAAAAUCCUUAAUCUUAACUUAGGAUUGAAUAAAUUAUAUUUUGUUCUGUUCUAACAGCAAUUCCUAAUAUUUUAAUUGUACAACCUUUUGAUGCAAUAAAAACUUAGUUUUAGAUGGAAAAUAAUCAUUAAUUUAAAAAUCUCACUAUUUGGAAUGCAUUUAAAAAAGUUUAUAAAGAGAAAGGUAUAUCUGGCUUUUAUGCUGGUUGGCAAAUGAGAUUUUGCUAAUUUUUAUUUUAAGCUUUACUUACAACUCCCAUAAUGGAUUAUCUAGAAAGGUAACAUGGAUUACCCAUAGAAACUUUGUGACC